UACUCCAAUUUCCAAAUUCUUGCGCUCUAUAAAUCUACACCGCCAAACACAAACACACUCCCACCAUUUUUGUGCUGUGUAUUUUCUCCGAAUUGAUAAAAUGCAGGUGACCCCAUCACUACCGCUCUCCCCCAGCUUCAGUAGCUAUUGCAAAGUCGCCGAAAUCGCAGCUCGAACAGUCGAUGAAUUUUCCGACGAGAGGAAAAAUUGCGAAGAAAAUGAGGAAGAAUUUGAGUUCGCGAUGACGGAAAGGAAUUCAAAAUUACAGUCGCAGACUUCCGCCGGCGAAAUUUUCCACAACGGUGAGAUCCGUCCGGUUUACUCUGUCUUCAAUCGAGAUUUUUCACUCGGACGCGUCACAAUUCAGAAUGAAAUCGGAAUUAAAAAUAGCGUCCGCGAUUCGGUUUCUCCGAAGAUCCGGCUUCCGCUGAGGAAGCUGUUUCUAGAGGAAAGGGAAACGACGAUUGCGAUGUCGUCGAGCUCGUCGGAGGAGGCGGACGAGCUCGACGGCGUAGCGGCGGUGACCUACUGCGUUUGGCCGCCGAAGGCGGAGGAAGAAGGGCGGUGCAAUAAGAGCAGCUCGGCCGGGUGCAAUUCGAAGAGAUGGAAACUGAAAGAUUUUCUGCAUAGGAGCCACAGCCAUGGAAGUGAGAAGGAUUUCGUCGAUUUGCAGGAAUUUGAAAACAAAUCUGCAGUCACUGGCGGGAAGUUGGAAGUGGUGGCGCCGCCGUAUAAUUUGAGCCGCGGAGAGGAGAGAUCGUACUUGGGUCAGGGACAUCAAUUGGCGGGGCUCUUCGGUGAUGUAAAUGCGUUAAGAAGAAAUUUGAAGUCAUUUUAAGAUUUCUGAAUUUAAAAUGUAUUUUUGUUACAGUAUUUAUUUAUUUUUGGAUUUUGGCUUGUAUUUGGUACUCCAUUUUGUUUCACCGCAAGAACUUGUGUUUUUGCUUCUUUUUAAUGUAAUUAAAGUAUAUUAUAUGAU